CUUUCCUUACUGAGGAGUUGGCAACACUGAAUUACUGAGACAGAGGGUUGCUGUUUCGUUUCCACUAACAGAGCCUAGUCUAUUCCUUACCUCUUCUCUGAACGAAAUGGACCACUAUUCUCAUAAUUGCUCUGAUGACUUGGAUACAUUUUGGGAUGAGUUGAGUAAUACAUGUGUGCCAUGUCAUCAACAUAAUCCGAUCCGACCAGGGUACGAAUUUAGUCCAAACUGUGGCAGGCAUGAUGAUGGGGGAAGAUCGGAAAUACCGUAUCGACCGUGUGUCGCCGCCCAGAGCUUCAAUAACGGGAGCUUCGUGAAAUGCCAACCCUGUUCUCGCUGCGCUCCAAAUCAUCAAAACCUGUCCGAAUGCAACGAAACGACAGACACGCAAUGCUGCGUAACGAGGGACCAGACACGGUGUUGGAAAGGAGCCCUGAGUACCACGACUCAACAGGUCCAAUGGUCAACAACAUUAAGGGUCCAAGUGUCAACAUCAAAUCCCACCACUGCCAAACACAUUGAUCCAAGAUUACAUGGUGAUUCUGUAACUUCACAUGUCAACCAUCAGACUGCAUGGAUAGUGCUUACCCUCAUCUUGGUUUUCUCUGUACUUGCAUUUCUCUUAUUCAUCUAUAUUAAGACGAGAAGGAGAAGAUCAAUACCUUUUAGCUUCAGAGAUGAGGAGAAUACCCACCAACGGUCACGGAGCAGUAAGACAACAGCAGCUGUCAAUGAAGAGGUUGCUCUGCUACAGUCAGAGACCAGGAGCCUGGAGGACAUUUUGAGUUCUGACCUCCAGUCUGCGCCACUGCAGACGGUUCUGGACAACCUGGAUGUUCUAGAGGAGCUUGUGAUCCUGCUGGACCCGGAGAUCCCUGGGGUGAAGAACACCAGCCACCUAGCAUCUCGCUGCUCCUUCCCCGCCACCUGGAUUACCUACACCUACUCCCUGAGGGAGAGCAAGAGCCCCCUGAGGGCCGUGCUGGAGGGGGUCACCACCAAACACCCAGAGUGGACUGUAGGACACCUGGCCAGGUUGCUGAGAGAGAUGGACCGGAACGACGCAGUGGUGGUGCUCAGCUUGCUUAAGGUUGUCUAGUCUGGAUGUGUUGGGUCCAGAAGAGAUGGCUCCAUCCAGAUACAACUGCGAGUCUCUACCCCCUGCCAACUCACAGAUAUGUGACUCGUUUCAGGAAACUAGGCGUAUGUCACGACUUCACAGGAGAGGCAUUUUCCUGGGGGACACCGAAGUCCCAAGGCAGUGAUUGGGAACACUGCUCCUUUGCAUUAAGGUUCAAAAAAGAUAUUUAUCUUCGAUAACAUGGCACUUAAAGCAAGGAUGGUAAACCCUGUGUCCAGGCCAAGUUCCCAACCGUGGCCAACUAAUCAUUAUCAUCUUAUGUCAAAUGUAUUAUCACCAACUAAUGAUAUUGCUUUAUUUAUACAUUGCAUGUUAUAUAAAUGACAUUUCAGCAUUUAUUUGUUUCAAACUCUUUUCGAUUGACCAAGUCUGAUUUUUAGGCAUAUAACAUAAAAUAAAAGUGCAUAGAAAAAUUAAACUGGUUUAGAAAUAUGUAUACAAUUAUUUACAAACUCAGGGUUUAUUCGUACAAGGUAACAAAGACAAGUUCACACAUAUUUUCAUGUCUUUAACACUUUGUUAUACUUUAAAAUAACCCUACCAUAUAGAACAUACAGCUUUCUGAACCAGUUCUGGGAGAGAUCGUCAUGGUAACUUCAGGUUUCCAACUAGUGCUUUGCAUGUUUCAUGGAACACACAGGCCAGCUCUGCAGGACAUUAAAACCAAGUUACUCUUAUUUUGUCAUCAUCCUCUUUUUUGCAUUAGUAUUCUUUAACAUCUGUCAGAGCAACUGAGGUAGAAUCCUGGCAAGAGGUUAGGGAGUGGAGUGGGCAUAGAGAAACCUGCUCUGAGCAUUGUUACAACAUCAGUUUUUCAGUGAAAAAGGAAGCUAGGUUAAGGAUAGCCGUAUCCCUGAAAAACAGAUGCAUCCUGUUAUUGGCAAACUCUGCUAAGGGUGUUAGAUGAUUGACACAUGGGAAUACAGGCUCCAUCCCACUGAUUGGUCAGGCAGGCAGAUGGGCUAAAGCUCUUCCUAACUGGGUAAUAAAUUCCAAAAGGACAGUGCUCAUUUUCCUUAGAAUAUUAUCUGUACCUUGAAGGGUUCUCUGUAGCACGCAGAUGGGAAGAAUAGCGUGGACUCAUAUGCUUGAUUUUCUCCUGUUAAGGCCUGCCAAACUUUCUCCAUAAAAAUUCUACCAGGACAAAAACAAUUAAAAAAUACCUGCUUUAGAACAAUGUCUUGUGUAAAGGCUGAAAUGUAAUACACAACUGUCCUCAAACAUCAAGGUUCAAAUAAGAGAAAGAAGUAACAAAGUAAACAAAAAGAGGAAACGAGGGGAGGAGGAUUUCCCACUAGACCACCAUUUAUACAAAGCACAGCUAGUUUCACCAGUCCAAAUCUGAACAGAAACAUGAAUAAAUACAACUAUUCUAGAGCUCAAGCAAUCUAUUAUUGUAAAGAUGUGAACAACAGAGUGUACAUUUGAUGACUGAACUGACUGACAGCGUUGUCCAAAGUUGUACGACAGCAAAUGUUAAGGUGCUGAGUGCAUUCUCUCCCUAUAUUGGUUUUACACCAAGACAUUAUUCUCUCUUAAAGCCAUCCUACAGAGCAACAUACAGUACAGUACUGGCCUAAUGCUAUGCUUGAGAUCUCCAGUGCACAGGGGUGCUGUCAGUCCACAGUCAGGUAUAUAUAGAGUUUAUAACACAUCUCUUAGUGGUGUAACAUGGACAGUGUUCCACCCUUUGUGGAUGGCAGAGAAUGUCAGAAGGAGAAGUCAGUACUUUGUUAACUCCACUGACUGUUGAGAAAUAUGGAGUCUGGAUUUUGUUAAUUCACUAAAGAUGUGCAACUGUAGGGCAGCAAAGAAGUAGGCCUAAUAUUAUUGCAAAAGGUAAUCAGCAUUUGCCAUGAUAGUAAUAAAAUAUAU